AAACAAAUCCACUGGACUGAACGACAACAGCAGGGGCAGCUGGAGGCAAAAUAAACAGUGGCAGCAGAAAGCUGGUCCGGAAAUCUGUUUUCUCAUGUGCAUGUUUUUCUGCUUCCUCUGGUCUGGGCGUACACACACCGUUACCUACGCAGCGCUGCUUUUAUGGUUUUCUUCUGUUUGUGAAGGGGAAAGAGAGUCAGCUGUCACCAACACAUUCUUGGCUUUUCUACACCAUCAUGCUUUUAAAGAAUUCCAUGUGCACUGUCUAAAUUUAUAUACAAACAACACUGAUAUUAAUUCUGUUUGUUUUGAAAGAUUUCUUCAUGUAUAAAGUCAUAUUGUGUAGUUUUAUUCAUUUGCUGAGAUGAGGCUGAGCAUUUUAUUACAGCUUAAAAGUCAGUGCACAUGGAUCACAUGUCUGGAGUGAAUGUUUUUUUUUUUGUUGUGGUUUUUUUGUAUGUAUGUUUUGUUUUUUUGUUGUUUUUUUUUUUGUUUUUUUUUAACUUGUCCUCCCAUAUCUAUUGUUCUUCCCUUCUUUCUUCUUCCAUUCCUUUCCGUAGACCGUCAGCCCAAUUUUUUUGGUUUGUUCUUUCCUUUCUUUGCGUCUCCCACAGGAUAACACUAGAGAUUAUGACCCUGCAGCCCAAGUGUGAGGAUGUUGAGACAGCGGAGGGGGUAGCGCUUACAGUCACAGGGGUGGCACAGGUCAAAGUAAUGACGGACCAUGAGCUACUAUCUCUUGCCUGUGAACAGUUCCUGGGUAAAUCAGUGAGUGAAAUUAAGGGAGUCAUCCUGCAGACACUGGAGGGUCAUCUGCGCUCCAUUCUGGGCACUCUGACAGUGGAGCAGAUUUACCAGGACCGAGAUCAGUUUGCCAGCCUGGUGAGGGAGGUGGCCGCUCCUGAUGUGGGUAGGAUGGGUAUUGAGAUUCUCAGCUUCACUAUUAAGGAUGUCUAUGAUAAAGUGGAUUAUCUGAGCUCGUUGGGAAAGACUCAGACAGCGGCUGUGCAGAGAGACGCAGACAUUGGAGUAGCGGAGGCGGAGAGAGAUGCUGGAAUCAGGGAAGCAGAAUGCAAGAAGGAAAUGAUGGACAUUAAGUUCCAGGCAGACACUAAAAUGGCCGACUCAAAGCGAGAGCUGGAGAUGCAGAAAGCUGCUUUCAACCAGGAAGUCAAUACAAAGAAAGCCGAGGCUCAGCUGGCGUACGAGCUGCAGGCGGCUAAGGAGCAGCAGAAGAUCCGUUUAGAGGAGAUCGAGAUCGAGGUGGUGCAGAGAAAGAAACAGAUCACCAUCGAGGAGAAAGAAAUUAUCCGUACAGACAAAGAGCUGAUCGCCAUGGUGAAGAGGCCUGCCGAGGCCGAGGCCUACAAGAUGCAGCAGCUGGCUGAAGGACAAAAGGUGAAGAAGGUGCUGACGGCACAGGCUGAAGCAGAGAAGAUCAGGAAGAUUGGAGAGGCUGAAGCAGCCUCCAUUGAAGCUGUAGGCAAAGCUGAAGCAGAGAAGAUGAAGCUAAAAGCUGAAGCUUACCAGCAGUAUGGAGAGGCAGCGAAAACUGCACUGGUCCUAGAGGCACUGCCCAAGAUUGCUGGAAAGGUGGCGGCUCCCUUGGGCAAGACCAACGAGAUUAUCAUUCUGAGUGGCGAGGGCAACCGCGUGACCGGUGAAGUGAGUCGUCUCUUGGCCGAACUGCCGGUUACAGUUAACGCCCUCACAGGAGUCGACCUCUCAAAGAUGCCUUUGUUGCAGAAAAUGACCAGUGCUCAUGCAUGAAGAUUCUUCACCUCUAUGGCCUUUAAGACACAACUUAAAUGCAAUCUUUAAUGCCUUACCAGGAUGUUCUGUCCUGUUAUUAUUUUAUCCUUAGUGCCAUCUAUGUGUAGGACCAGACUGUGUCCAUUGUUUAGAAUUUCCUGUUGUACUCUUCCUCUUUACUGGUGUUUUUUUAUUUUAUUUUGUAUGCCACCUAAAUGGUGACGUUAUAAACCAGUUCUUGCACUUGCAAGUUAAUUAAUAUUCUUGAGCAGUGCAUGGGAGAGAAUGUGUCCAUCUGGGACACAUUCAGUUUUGGACAUUUGAUCUUUUAACCUACAUGAUUUGGGCAAUGAGCUAAUGAAAACUAUAAUGACUGGCAUAUAGGAAAGGGCCGCAUUUUUUUUUUUUUUUUUUUGUCUUUAAAAGGCACAGGGGGCUUUAAAUAU